UUUCACUUCUUCGUAUAAUCUCGCGUAAGCAUUUAAUCACACACUCUUGCAAUGCUCCGCGCGCUGCCCCGCUCCAACACCACCUUUUUUGUGGCCCUUUGGUCAUCCUUUCGGUUCGGUGGAUUUUUCACGACGCCGACGACCAUUCCAUGGGGGAAAAUAAAUCGCGUUGUGUCUCGUAACCUCGAUCGUCUCUCGACCGACGAGGAAGAUCAACAACGAACGAACGAAAACGUGAGACGUGAAAUGAACAAAAGUGUGGAAAUUGAUCACCGUUUUUUGGCUGGCCGAUUUUCCAUUUCGUCGCAAAAGAUUUGCUGAUGGUGAUGGUGGUUGUUUGCUGGUCGGAUGCGGAAAGCCCUAAAAAUAUCAACUUCCUCGAUUUUUUACGGCGAUUUCUGGUGAAGAGCGCUAGAGAACCCGGUUCUUCUCGGACCCAGCGGCGCGCUCUUCUCUUGGCGAGUGGACACAUACCAGAGGUGGUUAUCACCAUCUUUUGUCUGACGCGGUUUAUUUUAAGAAAUUCUAUCAGCAGUGGUACCGAUUUUCAGCCAGCAGUGAGAGUAUGGAAAAUUUAAAAAUACGAAUCCUCUACAACACUGACUGAACUGAACCGACUGACUAACCGCCUGGCUGGCCUGCCUGCCUGCUGCAGGCAGAGAUUCGAGAGAGAGUGAGCGAACGAACCAUCAUCGUCAGGAGUGUCCGUGUUUUUUCGUCAACCGUGGCCCAUCGUUGUCGCGUUCGCGUCGACGGCUGUGCACUAUGGACAGAUUGUUUGAAAAAGAAUGCCGAAUUGGAUCUGGGUGAUUUUAACAUUGAAAUCAGCAUAAAUAACAGCUACUGAUAUCCAUUGUCAGCUAUACUGCCCACCGAUGAUGAACUUCAUUCCUUUCAGUCGACAGAAUUGACAGAAUUAUGUUCACACAUUUUUAUAAGUUAAAAAAGCUAAAAUAACUGUGAUAAAUAAAAGAAGAAAAGUUCAACCGAAACUCCAAUCCAUUUAAACCGACUGUUUUCCCACAAUGCGACCACAAGAAGAAAAACACGACACACACUCGUCAGUGAAUGACCAACCAACACUUCCACGAGCGCACACACCCAACAACACUGCCAGAUGGAUACAAUGCCGGCCACCGCAGAAACGAGAGCAUACUUUUGGCCAGCAUCAGCAGCACUUUCGGUGACUAAAUCGUGCGCAUCCAAAAACCUAGUCCAAGAUGGUCACAUGACAGACACACAUGGUCGGAAUAAUAUCCAAACCGAUCGACCCCAAAUGAGCCACACAAAAAAAUGAGUACCUCCCAUGAAUCACUCACCCCCCGCCGAAAGAAGAGAAACACUUCGACCCCCCACCACCCCGAAGGAUUCGCUAGGUCGACUGGGUCGAUAACGACAAGUGGCACGAGACCCGGACGCGAUCACCGCGGAAAAGAAACAACACACGCACCCACACUUGAACACAGACACACAGAAGAGACUGAGGGAGAGAGAGCAGGAGCUUGGCCUAAAAAGUGAGCCAGCACCACCAGUCGUGAAAACAAUCGGAGCAGCAUGGACACGCAACCGCAUGGCGGUGGAACGGCCAACGGGGGCAGUCCCCAGCAGUUUUGCCUUCGAUGGCAUAAUCAUCAGACAAGUUUACUCAGUUCGUUGCCACUGCUGUUGGAUCAGUCGCAUCUGACCGACGUAACGUUGAUAGCCGAAGGUCGCAACAUCAAAGCCCACCGGGUAGUGCUAAGCGCGUGCAGUACGUUCUUUUCGGAACUGUUCCGAACGCUCGAUGGUCCCCUGUAUCCAGUGAUUGUCCUGCCGGGGGCGUCCUUUCCCGCCGUGGUCGCUCUGCUCACGUUCAUGUACUCGGGCGAGGUGAAUGUCUACGAGGAGCAGAUAUCAACCCUACUCUCGCUGGCCGAGACGCUGGGCAUCAAGGGACUGGCCGACUUUAGUGGCAACUCGCACAAAUCUACCACACCAACGACGGAGGCCUCUUCGCGGGAAUCGGAAAUUCCAUCGCCCUACCAGGCCGCCAUCAAGAUGGAAUCCCCAGGGGAACCCUUCUUUCCACGCCCGUUCAACUUCCACUCGCCACUUUUCCCGCAAGCGCUAAACCUUGCGACAAACAACAAUAGCAACAACAGCACCAACAACAACCACAAUAGUGGCGGUGCUGGGACGAAUAAAUCGGCAGAUCUCUUUUCACGAUUUCUUCCACAGAAGUGUGAUAUGAUGGCGAACGAAGCGCUUUGGAAGAUGAAUGAGGAAAGCGAAGCUAUAAAUAGAGACAACAAAAGUGGCACCAACAUCGGUCCCAGUGGAACGAGCUUAGAGGAUCGACAAUCCGUCAAUGCUAAUAAUAAGAACAACAGCUCCACCGGUACCGGUACCACUGCUGGUCAGGCCAGUGACGAUGAGAAGCAGCAAAACACACCAAAAAACGAGACAGAAUCCGCCAACACUAGUCCUAAAUUUAAUUUCGACACCAACCAUCUCCACCACGAUUCCACCGCACCAUCUACUCCCUCCAGCAAUCCGGACGAGCACCGAAUGCAUCAGCAGCAGUCGUCCCUGAACACUUGUUCGACGAAAAAAUCUGCCAGUCAGGAAAACAAACGAAAGAAAAUCGACAAGAUUGCGGAAAAUCUCCGAACCCAAACCACCGCAUCGGCGGCGACGGCAGCCGCAGCGGCGGCAGCAGCAGCUGCUUCCUUCAACAAGCACUUGCUCCAAUCGUUGAAAUCAUUUCCCCCGAGUUCCCAGUCGCUGUCACAGCUGCAUCUGUUUAGCAAACCACCCACGGCGACACCGGUCAGCAGCAACCAGCAGCCAUCCUUCCUAGCCCAUCACUUUCUAACGAACGAAUCUGCAUCGAAAACGCCCGAAAAUCUGAUUCUGGAAUCUGUCCACCCCAGUCCCGGUACGGGAGCCCUGAACCAUGCAAUCACUUCGCCAGGCGCUGCCUCCUCCUCAACCUGUUCGUCUUCCACCACGAUCACACCGUCAAUGGCGAUGGACCUGGUUGGGGCGAGCGGUAUGCUGAAGGCCGCCGCCCAUCAUCUCAGCCCCCAACAGCAACAGCAGCAGCAACAACAACAGAAGCCACCCACCAAACUGUACGCCACGUGCUUCAUCUGUAACAAGCAGCUCAGCAACCAGUACAACCUACGAGUUCACCUGGAAACGCAUCAGAACGUUAGAUACGCCUGCACCGUUUGUUCGCACGUGUCCCGCAGCAAAGACGCUCUGAGGAAGCACGUGUCCUACCGUCACCCGGGAACGCCAAGUCCGUGCGAUCCCGACACCAAGCGAAAGCGCUCCAAGGCGAAUCUCGGACAGAUGAUCAAGCAAGAGCUGCUCAACGACCAGGGACAGAUGAACCAGCUGAUCAAGCAGGAAAUCAUGAACGACCAGCAAAACAUGUCAACCCAGCAGCAACAACAACACCACACCAACCAACUGCUGGCCAAUUUGACCUCCCAAGGAAACUCGAUCGUGAUUCCCAGCUUCCUCCAGCAGGCCGCAUCAAUGCAGUCCGCGUUCUCGUCCAAAUCGAUGCUUUUCAACGCUCCCCAACCCAUUUCAACGGCGCUGGCCGCACCGCCCUCCCAAAUGCCCGCCGAUGUUUGCGCCACACUAUCCCAGCCAAAGGAUUUGAGCAACAACCCAAUGCUAACGUUGGACAGCGGUGCCAACGGAACCUCAGCUUCGACGUCCAAAAAGCUGGACAACGGUUCCCCAGAACGCAUGGACGAGGGAGCUUCUGUGCCAGAAGAGGCCAAGCCAAACGGCGCUGCGUUGUAAAACUAGUCAAAUGUCGAAACGCGGUAGCUAGCUACAUCAAACAAUCAAACGGAACCACUCUCAUAAAAGACAUUAAUUUAAAGUAAACAAUUAAGCUAUUACACAGAUCUAUUGAAGAUAGUCAAAACGUCCCUAACAUAUGAAGGUUUUAAUUUCACUUUUUUGUUGUUUAUAAUCUACUUCCCUAGCUGUGAUAGUCAUUCAAUCGUAUAGACUUAAUUUGAACAACAACUUCAAUCAAUUUCAACGUACUACAAUGCACAAUACUUCCCAAUCCCAAAGACCUUGAAAGCCAAAGAAACCCAUUUUUUUUAUUUUCAAAUUCGUGUUGAGUACUUUACCUACCUCACAAAAUUUAAAGCAAUCGUUACUAAACCUCCAAUUGCUAGUCCUGAAAACCAUAUUCGACUACAGUCUACAACUAUUCUCUAGAACAAAAAAAAAAACUUGUAAAAGACACUACAGUCCCCAUCUCAUCGUCUGUAAGCAAUGUGCCUCACUUAAUCGUUAAAAGAAAAUUAUAUUUGUACCAGUGCCUUUCUACAAUAAUUAUUAAAAAAGUUAGCAAAAAAUAACCAAAAAAGAGAUUUUAAUCUAAACAUACAAUACGAUAACCUCUCUAAGUAAUGUAAUUAUGAAGAAAAAAAGAUGUGAAACGUGAAAAAGACAAUACCAAGUAGGACAAAUAAGGAAUUUAGCUGUUUUUUUUAUUUAAAAUAAACUAUUGACACAAAGUUUUUGCUAGGCAUUAAGAUAUAAAAAUAAUUAUUGAUCGAGCAUGUUACCACACCACUGUUUCUUUACUCUUGUUAGUGAAACUAACCAACUUUUGAGGCAAAAUCAAAAAACACUAUACUCUCAAAUGAUAAUGACACAUUUAACAUCUUCACGAAGCGUUAAAAUGUAAGGAAUGUUUUUUUUUUUUUGUUUUCUAGCUCCUUUGUAAUAAAAUUAUCAAUAAGACGGAAAAUAAAUUUGGU